AUGGCGUCCUUAUUCUCCCUGCGCGGCCUCAGCCGCCAACCACUCCUCUCCGGCGUCGCCUCAUCCGUCACCCACACAUCAAUGGCCCCGAUCCGCCUCCUCUCCACGACCACCACCCUCCUCAGCAAGGCCGCCAAGCGCGCAAAGGCCGCCAAGAUCGGCACCACCCCGCGCCGGAACAAGGGCCACCAGCGCAGCGAGUUCUACGCCCGCGUCAAGAUCCUCAAGCAGAACCUCUUCUCCCCUGCUCCCCCCCCUCUCCGCAUGGCCCGCCUCCGGCACCUGCGGCACUGGACCAUCCACCGCGCGUGGCUGCUCUUCCGCCGCCAGCAGAAGGAGGCCACGCACAGGGAGCGCGUGAGGAUGAACGCGGGCAUGUUCAACGCCUGCGAGGAGCUGAGGAAGGUGGCCGGCCCCGGGGACAGGAGCGAGGGCUACCUGUACCGUGUGGCCAUGGAGAAGAAGGGCGUGUGGGGUCUCAAUGCCGUCCCUAUCGAGUACGCCAGGUUCCAGACCGACAGCCCGGCCACGACAGCUUGGAACCAUGAUUGGAAGAGGUAA